AUGGACCUGGACCAGAAGAAUGAAACAUCAACUGACUUCAUCCUCCUGGGGCUCUUUCCCUGGUUCAGACAUCCCUACUUCCUCAUCCUCAUCAUCCUCCUCAUAUAUGCUAUUGCCUGUACUGGAAACUCCACACUAAUCUUCCUCAUCUGGCUGGACUCCCACCUCCACACUCCCAUGUACUUCCUGCUCAGUCAGCUCUCCCUCAUAGACCUGGCUUACAUAUCUAGCACAGUCCCCAAGAUGGUCAUCAACUACUUCACUGGGAGGAAGAACAUUUCCUAUUUUGCCUGUGCCACUCAGCUCUUUUUCUUCCUAACCCUUGGCCUUGCUGAAUGCAUCCUGCUGACUCUCAUGGCCUAUGACCGCUAUAUGACUAUCUGCAAUCCCCUGAGAUACACAGUCCUCCUGAGCCCCAAGGUCUGUCUCCAGAUGGCUGCUUCAGCUUGGAUUGGGGGAACACUUGCUGCCCUUGUACACACUAUCUACCCAAUUAGUUUUCCUAUCUGUGGUUCUAGGGAGAUUAACCAUUACUUUUGUGAGAUGCCUGCCAUCCUGAGACUAUCUUGUGUGGAUAUAUCAGCCUAUGAGAUGGUGAAAUUUGUGUCAACCAUUGUGUUUCUCCUGGUCCCAUUUAUUCUCAUCCUGGCCUCCUACACUCUCAUCUUCCUCUGUGUCCUCAGAAUGAGCUCUUGCAAGAGCAAGAACAAAGCCCUGGCCACAUGUUCCUCCCACCUGACAGUGGUGAGUCUCUACUUUGGUCAGGCCAUCUUCAUAUAUAUGACACCAACCUCUUUCCAUACACCUGAGCAAGACCAAAUUGGAGCUGUGCUUGGCACCAUAGUGACUCCUAUGCUCAAUCCACUCAUCUACAGCCUGAGGAACAAAGAAGUGGUGGGUGCUCUGAGGAAGUGCAUGGGGAGGUGUUGCAGUUGAGAAAAUGCCCAGUUUCUACAGUGUCACUGUCAGAAAUGUUCCUUCCUACAUAUUAAAAGUAGCUAUGGUCACUGGAUUGUUGUACUGGAAAUGUAA